CGAACGGCCCCGCCCAGCGGGCGGCGCGUUCCCGGCCCAGGUUCCCCCGGCGGUGCGAGUGGCGGAGCCGCGGACUAGGGCGCGGGAGCCGGUGUCAUGGAGCCCCGCGCCUCGGACGGUAGCUUCCUGGGCGACGUGGGUUUCUGGGUGGAGCGCACCCCUGUGCAUGAGGCGGCCCAGCGCGGGGAGACCCGACAGCUGCAGCAGCUGAUUGAGAGUGGGGCCUGCGUCAAUCAGGUCACAGUGGACUCCAUCACGCCCCUGCACGCAGCCAGUCUGCAGGGCCAGGUGCAGUGCGUGCAGCUGCUGCUGGCCGCUGGGGCCCAGGUGGAUGCCCGCAACAUUGACGGCAGCACCCCACUCUGUGAUGCCUGUGCCUCGGGCAGUGUCGAGUGCGUGAAGCUUCUGCUCUCCUACGGGGCCAAGGUCAACCCGCCCCUGUACACAGCAUCCCCGCUGCACGAGGCCUGCAUGAGCGGAAGUUCCGAGUGUGUGAGGCUUCUGAUCGACGUUGGGGCCAACCUGGAAGCGCACGACUGCCACUUUGGGACCCCUCUGCACGUUGCCUGCGCCCGCGAGCAUCUGGACUGUGUCAAAGUGCUGCUCAAUGCGGGGGCCAACGUGAAUGCGGCGAAGCUCCAUGAGACGGCACUGCACCACGCGGCCAAGGUGAAGAACGUGGACCUCAUCGAGAUGCUCAUCCAGUUUGGGGGCAACAUCUACGCGCGCGACAACCGAGGGCGGAAGCCGUCGGACUACACGUGGGCCAGCAGCGCCCCCGCCAGGUGCCUGGAGCACUAUGAGAAGACCCCUCUUAGCCUGUCUCAGCUUUGCAGGGUGAGCCUGAGGCGGGCGGCCGGCGUCAGGGGGCUGGAGAAGAUCGCCAGGUUGGACAUCCCUCCCCGGCUCAUUGACUUCCUCUCUUACAACUGAGCUUCAGGUGUGAGGUCCAGGUGGUUGGUGACUUAGGGCUGAGCGGGGCUCUCUGCCCACGACGUUGGAAACUGUGCCGCUGCUGUGGAGAACAGCACCCCGAAUCUCUCCAGGCCGUCCUGGCUCGUCUUCUCUGCAGACCCUUGGAGGAUGUUUCCAAGGCCCUGGGAAAGGCCCGGGGCUGGCCCUCCCUGGACUUCAGUCCAACUUCCUCUGACUUCCUCCCGGCCGUGCCAGUGUCUCUCUUCAUGACCUUCCUCGGAGGGACUCUCAGGACAGACUCUCCAGAAGAACGGGGGGGCCAGGUGGGGCUGGGGGGUGAGGGCUCUGAUUCCAAUUCCACACACCUGGGAGGUACCACCCCUGAUUCCUUCAACACCGGGUGGCCCUGAUGUGCAAAGGAAGGCGCCUGCACUGCAGGGGUUGGGCCCCUGGGAGUGGGUCCCGGCCGGGCCCGGGACAGCGCUUUGGGGACAGCCUGCCCCCUUGGGUGCUGUUUUCUGGAGCCACGGUUGGCACCUUGUGAGACCCACCUGUGCCCAGGUAUGCCCAUCACUCAGGGGGCUUUAUACGGGUCUCAGUGGGGAAGCAUCAGGCUUCCGAUUCUCACAGUGUUUCUUAGGAAGUUUUUCUCCAGUCUGAGGUCUCAGCUCUUUUAAAAAGUAUAUGCAGGGACUUCCCUGCUGGUCCAGUGGUUAACACUUUGCCUUCCAAUGCAGAGGAUGCAGGUUCGAUCCCUGAUCGGGGAGCAAAGAUCCCAUAUGCCCCAUGGCCAAGAAACCAGGACGUAAACAACAUAAGCAAUAUUGUAACAAACUCAAUAAAGACUUAAAAAAAAAAAAAGUAUAUGCAGAUGAUGAAAACUUUUAGACACAUGUGCUGUAGCACUUAGAUUUCCUUAACAAGUCUGUAAAGCAACAGGUAACAGGAAGGCGUCUUAGCACAUCCUCCCUGGGGUAGUGAUUUCCAAUGUGAAGCACCACUGGGAAACUCUUUAGAGACUGUUUUUCAUCUUUCUACAGCUGCUAAAUGAAUUCUUUGCCCACCCCAAGUUUUGCUAAUUUCCUGAAGCUCUGCAGUUGGCAGAAGAGGUCGCGUCACCCUCUGCCAGGUCAAGCAUUGAUUCAUACAUUUUUUGUGGGCACUUAAGGAACAUCUGAGCUUCAGGCACUGCCUGGUGCUGUGAGCUGGACAGGAAUCAGACUCGUCAUCCAGUCAGGGCGAGAAAGUGUUGCACAAUCUGUUUUUAGUAAUAGAAAGAAGCAAGUAAUUCUACAUUAUAAACCAUGAGGUGACAUGACAUAGUAUGUUCAAACUGUAUCUGUCUGCUUAAGAUUCUGUAUCAUAAUUUAAAAUCUCAGGGGUUAAACUAGAGGACGUUUGUAUAAGUAGUUGAGGUCUAUUUGGUUUGAGGGGCAAUGGAGAAAGUACCCCUUGUAAACUCUCUUGUGGGUCAGGCCUCAAACCAGUGUCCCCAGAAAUGUUGACCUCACCAGGUUCCCCCAGAGAGUGUGGGGGGAAGAAUGAGCCUGGUGGGUCAAGGUCAUGCCAGCUGUGCUCACGAUCAGGAGCUCCUCUUGGCAGGGCUACAUGGGUGGGGCCCACACAUGGUGGAAAGUUCUGUGCUGGCAGCCGUGGGUAUUUUCAGCUCCACUGCUCAGGCUGUUAGGAUGGUGCUUCCUCGUACGAGGAGAUAAGAGCCGCUCCCAUUUGCUGCAGGUGUAGAUAUGUGUUCUGGGUCAAUCAGUGUAUCCGUGUGCACUAAUCACACACACACAAAAAUCGCUGGGUUCUGCCCUUUCAUCUUUGUAACAGGAACUUGCCUUGGUCCGUGAAAGCUGCUAACGUUUCCACAUGUGGGACACCGGGGGCAGAGCCUGGUUCCCGCACUCACUGCUCAAUAAAAGUGGUCGGGAUGAAUCCA